AUGGAAGACGAAGAAGGGAUAGGAGAAGGUUUGAUUCCGUGGAGCAUUCCUGUCACUGCUUCUUCGCCAAAUGCAAACUCAAGUCUUGUUCCCAAGGAGUUAGAAAACGAUGACGAACACUGGGAAUAUGAAAUUGGGCAAAAACCAAGAAAACCCAACGAAGAAGAAGACGAAGAAGAAGAGCUGGAGGAUCGGUAUGAGCUUGAAAUUGAGCAAUCGGUGGCAGUUUUUGUGGAUGAAGAGUUCAUUGGGAGGAAUACGAUUCCUGAAAGCGAAAAUGAAGACGAAUAUGAGUUCUAUCCGAGAGACAGAAAACGAAAAAGGUCAGAGGAUAAACUUGAUGUGGGAACAUCUUUCUUUUCUGGUUUGGAGUUCAAAGAGGCGGUGUUACAGUAUGCUCUGAGAAAAGGUCAAAAUAUAGAGCAAAAUAGGUGGGAUAAAACGAAACUCAGCUUCAAGUGUGCGAUGAAAGGAAAGUGUAAGUGGAGGGUUUAUUGUGCUUAUGAUGAACCCACUCAGAAGUGGUUGGUGAAGACUAGGUACAAAUAUCAUAGCUGUACACCAAACGGAAAGUGCAAAAUGCUUAUAAGUCCAGUUAUAGCAAGGCUGUUCCUUGAUAAACUGAGGGAGGAUGGUAAUUUAAUGCCUGAGAAGAUUCAAGAGAUUAUUAAAGAGAAGUGGAAGCUAAUAGCUUCAAGGAAUCAGUGCCAACGAGGAAGGACUUUGGCGUUGAAAUGGCUUCACAAGGAGUAUGCAUACCAAUUUGCACAUCUUCGGGGUUAUGUGAGUGAGAUUGAAAAGACCAAUCCAGGUACGAGUGUAGUCCUUGAAACUAUCCCUAAUGCUGCUGGAGAAGAUAUGUUUGAUCGGUUCUAUGUUUGCUUCGAGAAGCUUAGGACGUUGUGGAGUGGAACUUGUAGACCUAUUAUAGGUCUUGAUGGAACAUUUCUAAAGGAAGAAGUGAAAGGCAUAUUACUUACUGCUAUAGGACAUGACGGAAAUAACCAGAUUUAUCCGUUUGCUUGGGCUCUGGUACAAGGUGAGACAAGUGAUACAUGGCUCUGGUUUAUCAAGCAACUCAAACGGGAUCUCAAGCUAGGAGAUGGAGAGAAAUUUGUUCUUCUAUCCGACAGCUCAAAGGGUCUCAUAAGUGCGAUUGAAUAUGAGUUACCAAAGGCUGAGCAUAGAAGGUUUGUUAAACACAUUGUUGAAAACCUGAAGAAUAAGCACAAGAAGAAAGAUCUUUUGAAGCUCAUGGUAUGGAAUCUAGCUUGGAGCUACAAUACUACUCAGUUCGAAGAGCAACUCAUGAAGAUGCAGGACUAUAGCAUGUCACUAUACGAUGAUGUUAUGAAACUGGAGCCGAAGAAAUGGUCCCUGCCGUACUUUCGACUUGGAAGCUGUUGUGAGGACGUCGAUAACAAUGCCACUGAGUCAUUCAACGCCACCAUUGUCGGAGCUAGAGCUAAAGCAGUUGUGCCUAUGUUGGAGACCAUCCGAAGGCAAGCCAUGGUCAGAAUUGCAAAGAGAAGAAAAAAGUCUCUUAGGCGCCAGCAGAGAUUUACAAAAUAUGUGGUGAAGAUGCUGGAGGAGGAGAAAGAAGAUGCUGACAAGUGUAUAACGACUCCUGGAACUCAUGGUGUGUUUGAUGUACGUCUUUCAGGACAGACGUAUGACGUCAACACUAAUAGGAUGACGUGCACGUGCGGGAAGUGGCAGAUAACUGGUAUACGAUGUGAGCAUGCGUAUGGGGCGAUGAUAGAUGUGGGCUUAAAUGUUGAUGACUAUGUCUCUGAGUUCUUCUCAACGAAUCUAUGGCAACAAACUUAUGGUGAGUCCAUCAGCACGGUUAGAGGUCCACGCUUCUGGAUGAAAAAGGAUAAGUACAAGUUGGUUGUAGAAGCACCUGAGCCUGCACUUCCUGGAAUAAGGAAGCAAUUCUUUGUCGGUAAAGGUGUCUCAAACAAGUCAAGACUGAGGAGGAAGAUGUAG